UAGAGCAGGCGGGCAUAGAUGUGGGCUUAGCGCCCCGUCUGCUUCUGCAGGCCUAGUCUCGCCCGCCGCUCGUCUCUUUGCUUCGCUGGGUUCGAGGUUCCCCGGUCGCCUGGGCGCUUGGCGAUCGGCCUGGAGAGUCACAGAGCUCCUAAAUGGACACAGGAAUACAUUCAGAAUGCAUUUUCCACUUUGAGGACGAGAGUCAGACAGGUCCCGGGCCCUGCCUGGGAGCUGUGUGGGGUGCGGACCCAGCUGGCCCCAGCUACCCCCCGCGCAACCUCCCGCGCUACCCCCCGCCAGCUGGCGCGCCCCUGGUUCCGCGGCACUGCGCGGCAGCUGCAGCUGUUGCUGCUGACGUGGAGGCCACCGGCCCAGCGCGGCUGCUGCCGCCAGCGCGGCGCACCCACUCGGGCGCGGUGGGCCAGGCCGCCGCCGCGGCACCCGCUACCCCGUGCGACCCCCAAUGGCGAGGGGCCGGCCCCGGGCAGCAGGGCGGCCGUGUGGCGACCGCGGCUGCGGCCUCAGCGCUGCACCCGGGGAGGGUCUCUGCCUCGGGCGGCGGCAGCGGCAGCGGCGUGCGGCCGGGUUCGGGCUCGGGCUGGGGCCACAGCGUGGCGGCCGGCCUGGCUGGCUUCGGGGGCGACGCUGCAUUGCAGCUGCAGGUGAUGUUGGCGGUGUCGCAGCUCGGCGCGCAGCCCCAGCCCCAGCCCGGCCGCGGCCGCACCGCCGCCACCGCCACCCCCACCGCCGCCGAGGAGGCGCAGGCGCUGGCAGCGGAGCUGCGGCGGCGCGGCCUGGCGGCACGGGUGGUGGCGCCCUGCCGCAGCGCAGCUGCUGCAGCCGCCGCAGCCGCCGCAGCCGCAGCAGCGGCCGCGGCUGCUGCUGCUGCUGCUGCUGCUGCUGCUUCGGAUGCUGCGGCUGCUGCUACGGUGGCUGCGGAGGAGGAGGGCGCCUGGGACCGGGGGUGCGGGCUUGGUGCCGGCAGUGGCCGGUGUGGCGGCGGCGGGCGCGGCGCCGGGGCCAGCGCCUGGCGCAGCGCGGGCGCGGGCGUGGCGGAGUGGAUGAACUGCGACCCCUACAUUGAGGUCCUGCCGCCGCCGCCGCCGCUCGCCGGCACCGCCGGCAGCGGUAGCGGUAGCUGUAGCGGGUGGCGGACCAGCUACCCAGGCACCAGCACCAGCUACCCAGGCACCGGCUCCUGCCACGGCUCCUGCCCCACCGCGCCGCCUCCGGCUCCGCCGCCGCCGCCGCCGCCGCCGCCGCCCGCCGAGCCGCUGCUGGUGGUGCCCGGCCUGCGCGGGCUGUUCGCGGUGGCGUGGCCCACGCCCGCGUACGCGGCGGCGGCGGCGCGGCUGCCGGAGACGUACGUGGGGCCGCGCGCGGCGCUGCUGGCGGCGGUGGCGGCGGCGGCGGCGGCGCUGGAGGCGCACUUUGCCGGGUUGGGGCAGGAGGUGCCGCCGUGGCGCCGGGCGGCGGCGCUGCUGGCGCGCUGGCAGCCGGGCGUGUGCGUGGAGGUGCCGGCGCCGGUGCCGCACGCGCCUACGGCAGGGCCGGUGCGGGCGGCUGGGGCUGCGGCUGCCGCGGCGGCCUUGGUCCCAGCCACGUCAGCCGCCGCAGCCACGUCAGCCGCCGCACCCCCGCUGCCGGCCGCAUCUGGUGCUGCUGCUGCUUCUGUUGGUGCGGUCCCUGCUGCCGCGGACACAGGUGCAGCGGUAGUGGCAGUCACGCAGGGCGAUGGCGGCGGCGGCGGGGGCGGCGGAGGCGGCCUGACGCUGCUCUCGCUGGCGCUGCCGCCGGAGCUGCAGCGGCUGGGCAGCGACAUCGGCAGUAGCAGCACCUGCGGCAGCAGCACCUGCGGCACCACCGCCGGCAGCAGCACCUGCGGCGGCAGUAGCAACAGCAGCAUAUGCUGUGGCGAUGUGGCGGAGGAGGUGGCGGCGCUGGUGGCGGAGGCAGAGGCGGCGGCCGCCGAAGCGGCGGCCGACCCCGCGGCUACAGCCUUGUGCACCAUGGCUGGCAGUAGCAGCAGCGGCGCAGCAAGCACGCGCCCUGGGACGACGGCUGUGAGCGCGGCCCAGCUCCAGCUUAGAGCGACAGCGAGUUGCGCCGGCGGCGGCGGCGGGCACGUGGUUGCGGAAGGCGGCAGUUGCGUCAGUACGGUGCGCUCCGCCGCCCGCAAGCUGCUGCUUCUGCGCCCGCCGCCGCUGCCGCCGCCGCCACAAGCACUUGGUGCCGCCGCCGCCGCCGCCGCCGUUCCGAGUGGCUCGCAGCGGCUGGGCGGCGGCGCCGGGGCACCGCAGCAGCAGAGGCAGCUGCCACCGCCGUCGCCGCCGCGGAUGGUGACGCGGGUUGUGGUGGGCUUCGACGUCGUGCGCGGCUGUUGACACAUGGGUACCGGUGUGGGACCGCGUCACUGCGCGCACUUGUGUGGGGGAGGGGCCCUGAAGGGGGCCUGCAGAGAGUAUGUACGUACGGAUUGCUGAGAGCCCGAAGACAGAAAAUUACCUAAAACAACUCCAGAUUUUCAGACAGCGCAAAUUAUCUUCAUUUUACUCCAUCGCAUAUGAGACGCAAUUGACGACCGCAUAGGCAGCAAAAGGCAGGUACUGAAUCCAUUACACAGACUAUGACGACCAAAUAAAUGGAUUGACGACUUGAUUGUGCGGCGGCCAUGGCUGUUUGCGGCGGCCGCGUGGGUGCGGGUUGCGGUUGACCGCUUGCUUCUGUGUGCGUGGCUGUGUGUAUGGGACUGCGGGCCUUGGCAGCAGGUGGCGGCCACUAGGGGCAGGGGCGCAAAAGUCCUGUGCCGCUGGCCGUUGGACCAGCGCUGUGUUGCGUCCGCGUGCUGUCUGAGAGCAAUUCGGUUGUGUUCGGACUUUGCAGUUGUCUCAGUGACUGCUGUGUCACCAGCUUGAUGCUGGCACAUAAAUGCUUGGUUAGGACGACACAGGUUUUGUUUGUGUGGUCUGGUCUGACCUCUGGUGCAGUUCACGUGUUAGCAGGCUUUUAUGUUCAUGCUGUCAUGUGUUGUCUAUGAUUGAGAAAAGCGAGUUACCGUUUUGCAGUCACGAAGACACUUUGAUAUUUAGCAGUAAAGGCUCUAUGCGUGAGAGUGAUGCUUUGAGGAGCAGGUGUGCAUUUGAUGGAUUCGGCUGCAAUGGCGGCGGCGGCGAGUGGCGGCGGUCGGAGCGGAGUGCUACGUGUUGAGAGAAAACCGUUUGCGAAGACACAUGAGACGUGCGCAAAUUUGUUUGAGCAGAGCGGGCUUCAACGUGUAGGGCACCUUGUAAGGGCCAUGUUUGACAUGGAUGCCAAUGCCGCCACCACCGCUGCUGUCGCUCACCGCGAGCCACUCGGCGCGCUUGCAGGCGGCGGAAGGCUCUGUACCACACGCGCUAGCCCCAUCGCAAGGGGGGGGUGCCCCUUCAAGACAGUCCAUUUCUUUCUGUGGCAACAGGGCGGGCUCGCCGAAUCGCUGGGCGUGUGGCGGCUUGUCGUCGCGUGAGCGGCCGCGAGGUCUGUGGCGCCGGGCGUGUCUUGACGGAAAACUGAAGAUGUGUCAGGAAGGCUAGGCGCUGCAGAGUUCGGGGCAGCCGUCAGAUCAGGCGAAGACCUACGCGGUCAAGUCAGUAGCUUGUCCGCACAGGAUUAGCUUUUUCGGACUGGGCCGGAAAAGAGGUUUCAAUAGGUAGUUGAGCAGUGAGCCGAUGCGGACACACAUACAGACGCAUUGGGCUCAUGCGGAGGCCUAGCGUUAGCAACUAGGGUUGUGUGGCUUGCGGACCCGCCUAUCGCCGGCCCCCGGAUGCCGGUAGCGGCAAACAUGCAGGUGUGUGUCGUGAAGCGCUAAAAUGUAGGUGUGGCGGGGCUCGAAGCGCCCAGUGCUGGGCUGUGCAGAUUGUGUGUGUGUGUGUGUGUGUGUGUGUGUGUGUGUGUGUGUGUUUGUGGUUCAACGACCCCAGCCACUGACGCUGACGCCGGCGGUGCCGGUGACAUCAGGAGGCAGUAGCAA